AUGUCUGCCCCACCCAUCCGAAACGGGGAGCUGUCCGGAGAGACAGGGGAUACAUUCCUGAUUGAACACGGAAUGAGUCUCAAGAGGUUCUACAGUGGGAAGCCUUUUUUCAAGAUGAUCACCGAUGUCAAAUGGUGGAGAACAGUUGUUGUAGACCCAUCAUCGAACUUCUACUACAUCUGGUUGAUCAUCAUGUCCUUUGCAGUCAUGUACAACUUGAUCAUGGUCAUUGCUCGAAGCGUCUUUUCACAGCUGCAGACCUCGUGCAGACCGAUCUGGCUGACCAUAGAUUACGUAUCUGAUACCUUGUAUCUGGUGGAUAUCUUUAUUCAAACUCGCAAAGUGACAUUGGAGAACGGGCAAUUUGUGAUUGAUACAAAAAAAUUGAUGAACACGUACUUGAAGACAUUCGAUUUCUUCUUGGACGUUGUUUCGAUCCUGCCGACAGAUGCAAUCUACCUACUGACCAGCAUCGACUUUACCAUCGUUAGAACCAACAGAAUUCUCAGAGUGCAAAGAAUUUCGACAUUUUUUGACAAAACAGACUCCCGUUCCAACUCUCCGUACGCCUUCAGAGCCACACAGCUCAUCAUGUACAUCCUACUGAGUCUGCAUUGGAAUGCGUGUUUUUACUACCAGGUCAGCGAGUGGAUAGGGUUUUGUUCCGACAAUUUUGUCAUGGUGAACAGCUCAUGUGAGAAAGAAAAUCUGGGUGUGACAGGUUCGGAUUCUUUACUAUUUGCUUACGUAUUUUCUUUUUACUGGUCCCUGCUGACAAUCACUGCCAUGGGUGAUGUCAGCCACCCAAAAACUGUUCCUGAAUUUGGUUUCGUGGUGAUGGAAUAUUUGGUCGGUAUUUUAAUAUUUGCCACGAUUAUCGGCAACGUGAGCGACAUUAUUACGAGCAUGAACUCUGAAAAAGCGACGCUGGAGGAAAAAAUAGACGGCGUAAAACAGUACAUGGUCUUGAGGAACGUCAGUAAGGAAUUAGAAAAACGCGUAACCAAGUGGUUCGAAUAUUUAUGGAUCGACCGUCAGACCGUGGAUGAACAUGAGGUUCUCUCAUCUCUAUCCCUUAGAUUAAAAACGGAAAUAGCCUCGCAGGUUCACUUGGAUAUCCUUCGAAGAGUCACUCUGUUCAAAGAGUGCGAGGCGGGCUUGCUGAUGGAACUGGUUAUGAAGUUGAAAUUGGCCGUUUUCAGUCCAGGUGAUUAUGUCUGUCGUAAAGGAGACAUAGGAAAGGAACUGUAUAUAAUAAAACGGGGCAAGCUAGACGUUGUUGCAGACGACGGCAAUAUGGUUUUUGCUUCUCUCGGAGAAGGGAUAGUUUUUGGAGAAAUAAGCAUACUCAAUAUCGCAGGUAAUAAAAAUGGCAACAAACGAACGGCGAAUAUCAGGAGCGUCGGUUACGCAGAUUUGUACGUCCUUUCAAAAGAAGACCUUUGGGAUACUCUGAAAGAAUAUCCAGAGGCCAAAUCGAAACUGAUAGAGAAGGGACGUCAGAUGUUGCGAAAGGAUAACAUGCUUGACGAAGAUCUGUCCAAAGAGCAAGAGCUUUUAGAUAUGACAACUGAACAGAAGUUAGAACGGAUGGAUCAGGUUUUGGACGAUACCAUUGAACAAAUAAACAAGUUAACGAUUGAGUUUGACAAGAUUCAGCGCCGCAUGAAAAAAAAAUUGACGAGGGCAGAAAAGAAACUGGAGCUUCUCAUCUUGAAGAAAAUGUCAAAAGACAAGGAAUGA